GAGGCUGAAAAUAGGGCCAAAACGACGUAUGCAUGGCCUAAAAGACGGGUACAAGAUCGUAUGCGGGGCACUCGAGCACAUGAGAAGUGGCACGUACAAGGCAGUAGACAAAGGCGCGCACACGCGCAUUGGCGUAGACGCGCAUGGCGCUUGGAGAAUAGGCGGAUGGCGCGCGAGGGGGAUUGUUAUGGGCCAAUGAACGCAGGUGCGAGCCAGCAGCGCGCAUCAGGACUUGAUGCGCACAAUUGGUCCAGUGAUCGAGCAAGAGAUACGCGGGCGAUUGGUGCACGG